AUGGCUCACCCAAAACAAUUUGAACACCUCAAACUACAAUUAGAAGCUAUAAAAUCAGCUACCAACAACUUCGCUGAUUGCAUCGGGAGAGGAGGAUUCGGGAAAGUAUAUAAGGGAAAGAUUGUCAGUUUUUAUGGGCAAUCCACGGUUGCUUUGAAGCGUUUAGAUCGCAGAUUCAGGCAAGGAGAUCCCGAAUUUUGGAAAGAGAUCAUGAUGCUCUCUAUUUACAAACAUGAAAAUAUUGUCUCUCUCUUAGGGUUUUGUGAUGAUCAUGGCGAGAAGAUCCUCGUGUAUGAGUAUGUACCUAACAAAAGCCUUGAUUAUUACCUCAACAGUAAUGAUCUAAGAUGGGUAAGACGCCUUAAGAUAUGCAUUGGGGCGGCUCGAGGAUUGGCGUACCUUCACGGUGCAUCUGAAACCCAACAAAGAGUAUUUCAUCGUGAUAUCAAAAGUUCAAAUAUUUUAUUAGAUGAAAAUUGGAACGCCAAGAUAUCAGAUUUUGGUCUCUCCAAGUUUGGUCCUACCAAUCAGGAAUACACAUUUCUUUUCUCGAACCCUGUAGGUACACCUGGGUAUUGUGAUCCGCUUUACGCAGAGACCGGGUAUUUAACAAAAGAGUCAGACGUUUACUCUUUUGGCGUUGUGUUGUUUGAAGUAUUGUGUGGAAGGUUGAGCUUCCAAAACAAAAAUGGAUCUUUAGUAGCAUUGGCGCGACAAUCCUACGAACAGAAGACGAUAAACGAAAUUGUCUAUGGUAAUAUAAAGGACGAAAUAAAUCCUGAUUCCUUGCAGGCGUUUGCCAAAUUAGCUUACCAAUGUCUAAAUAGAGAGCGUGAGGAUCGUCCGCUAAUGAGCGACAUUGUGAGGGAACUUGAAACUGCACUUGAAUAUCAAGAGCCAAUUGCAAAGAGUUGUUUAUCGCCAGAGCCUAGCGAGACCGAGGUGUUGGAAUUGGACCACGGAGGGUUGCUUGUUGUUACAAUCCAUGAAGGAAGCGAUAUUAAAGUUAAAGCAAAACAUCCGUACAUCGACCUGCAUAUCGGACUUGACUUUAGAAAAACCGAGACCAUGAACAACCAUCAACAUCACGUAUGGGAAGAAACGUUUAAGUUUACAGUAGAGAAUCCUGCUAAAGCAACAUUGCAUUUGGAACUUUGUUGUUCCUCAUUCAGAGAAUCACUUAGAUUAGAAUACCAGGGUUCAUCUUCAGUGGAUAUAAGUGUUGCAGAUGUGGUAAAACAAAAACAUAUAGACAACGUGUACGACAUUGCAAAAGGUCGAAUUCGGGUGGAGUUGCGAUGGGAACCUUCAACAAUGGCGAUGAAGAAAACACCAAAAUUUAUACAAUUGAUGACUUCACUUUACAAUAUAAGUGCUAAUUGAUUUCAUUUUGAACCUUGUUCUUGUCAUAACUUAAAAAGAAUAAUUAUGUACGUUUUUCAAUUACAUGUCAAUUGUAUAUGUGUUUAUGAACUUUGUUCUUGUCAUAA